GGUUGUCGUCCGCCAUGAAACCCACAGAAGAAGAAGAAUGGCUUCCUCUGAAACGCAUGAUGAUUCUACGCACAGCAAUUAGCUUCGGACUCAACUAGAAUGUUCUAGUACCGUUACAUUCUUGUACAGUAUUAAAGCGCAGCGAAAUAAGAACCAACUUUAACAUUGUGACACUCGGCGUUUUGAACAAACAGCACAGAGCAUCAUGGCAGAAGACCAACGCAACAGGAGACAUCCCCAAAACCUCCAGGGUGUCCUUCGAUUGGCUGUGGAGGCUGGCUCUGCUGCAGAUGGACCCGCCCUCCCUGAACCCAUGUCAGAGGAGAGGAAAGAAUGGUUGAAAGGAGCUCUUGCGGAAGUGGCCAAAGGACAGAACAGCGAGGUGGAACAGAUGAAGGAGUGUAUGCGCGUUCUGCUGAGAGAUGGAGGGUGUGAGAGGGGGAGAGAGGGAGAGGAGGAGGGGGAGACAGAAGGGGCACUGGAGUUUCUCUCAGAGCUGUGUGAGAACCUAGACAAUGCCAGAGACCUGAUGACCCUGGGUGGGUUGGACCUGUGUAUGUCGCAGUGCUUGAACCAUCCUCAGGGCAGCGUGAGGUGGCGUGGUGCCCAGCUCAUCGCCUCCUGUGCCCAGAACAUGCCCCAAGUGCAGUGCCACUUACUCAGCAAGGGGGCGCUACCCAAACUGCUACAGCUGACUGACUCAGAUCCCCACCCCACCGUUCGAGUGAAGGCCCUCUACGCUGUCUCCUGUCUGGUGCGGGAGCAGGAAGUAGGUCUCCGGGCCUUCCUCUCUCACGAUGGCUUCUCUGUGCUGAUGAGAGGCAUGCAGUCUGACAACGAGAAACUGAGGACCAAGUCGUCUUUCUUACUCCUCAACCUGCUCACAGUCCACCCAGAGCAUAAAGAUACAGUUCUCUCCAUGGGUAUGGUGCAACAGCUGGUGUCUGUUCUACGCACGCCCCACUCCUCCUUCCACGAGCACGUGCUCGGCGCCCUCUGCUGCCUGGUGGAGGAGAGUCCUCUGGGUCUGAGGGACUGUCAGAGCCCUACCUUGGGGCUGGAGGAGAUGCUCAACCAGCGGGCUGAAGAUCUGCAGGGGAGAGAGGAGUGUCAGGAAGAGUUGGAGUUCUGCAAGCGCUUGCGUUCUGCUUGUUUCUGCAGACGGCAACCUGACGACAGUGGAAUGGAUCGCUGAAAUCCAACUGGUCCUCCACUUCUCCUGCAGUGCCGUCAUUGGCUAGGAGACAUAGGAGGACAUUAUUU